AUGGCAUCGACUACUGUAAAGAAAUCUUGUGCCACAUGUCGCAAACAUGGUGAUGUCUUCACAUGUCGUGGAUGUCGAAAAGCAUUUUGUGCUAAACAUAUUGAUGAACAUCGUGAAAUACUUUCGAAAAAAAUAGAAAAUCUUGCUGAAGAACUUGAUCUUAUACGAAAUAGUUUAAAUCAAGAAAAUGAAGCACAAUCUGUUCUCUCUAUGAUUGAUAAAUGGGAACAAGAAUCAAUUGCAAAAAUUUGUCUUGCUGCUGAAAAUGCUCGAAGUGAAAUACAACGAUGGAUUGAUCGAAAUAAUAUUGAGGUAAAAAUACCACUUGAAAGAAUAACAAAUGAACUUCGAUCAUGUCAACAAACAGAUGAUUAUACAGAAAUUGAUCUCAAAACGUGGACUCAACAAUCAGAAGAAUAUCGUAGCAAAAUUGAACAAUUACCUAUUGUUAACAUUAUGAAUAAUGAUGAUAUAGAUAUUAUUCAUCUAGUUAAAUUAGGAGAAAUACAAUCUAAUUCGAUGACACAUUCAACGCCUAUACUCGAUAAUUCAUCGAUUAAUGUUGAAGAAUCACAUCUUCUUAUUCGAGAAAAAUUUGACGAUGCUAUUGGAUCAACUACACUAUUUGAAGAUGGUGUUAUAGCGACAUAUUCAGGCGCUUGGUUAGGUGAUUCAAGUAUUUAUGGUAUUAAUGUUUAUUCAACAGGAACACAUCAUAUUCGUUUUCGUAUUCUUGAAAAAUUUUAUGAUUCACCUUUUUUCGGUAUUAUUACUGCAUCACAAAAGAAUAAGAAACGAGUUUUAGAAUCAGUAUCUGCAAAUGGUUGGUGGAAUUUUGACUGUCCUAUUGUAAAUGGUGAAAAAGAUAAUCGAGUAGAAAAAGAUAAAAUUAUUCGAUCAAAAGAUGAUCUCACAUUAACAUUGGAUUGUGAACGAAAACAGAUUUUUCUUAAACAUCAUCGAACAAAAAGACUUCUUCAUUUACCAAUCGAUAUUCGAGCAUGUCCUUUUCCAUGGAAAAUACUUGUUGUUUUACAUCGUCGUGGUGAUUCAAUACGGAUUAUAGGUGGUACAUUAAGUUUAACGAGAGAAAAUUUAUCAAGUAGAUUAAGUGAACAUCGAAAAGUGUAA